AUGGCGGCUGUCCACACCAAGGAAGUGAGCCAGCAGGGUGGAGGAAUGCUGGACAUCCAGAAACAACAAGGAAGGCUGCCCAGAGCAUCUCCCGGCUGCUCCCCCGUCCUGCGCCUUGGGCCUCCUCCUUUGGGAACAGGCAGGUUUCGUUAUCUACCAGCUCUUUCCGAGAUGCUCUUUAAUGUACAGCGUACAGCAGCUGUAACCAAAGAUGCAGAAUUCCCUGAGCGCGGAAAGAAGCCACAAGAAUGCAAGGCUCCGGAAUGCAUCUUCACCAUCUCCCAGGAGGGUCACCAAAUAACCCGGACUGCUGUUGGUUUAGGGCUUAAUGUGUCCCCAGGAACCAGCUGGUCUGCAUGUUUGAGAGUAUCUUCUAUUACCUCUUCUCUUGAUCUUAGGAUUCUGGGCAAUGGGUAUAUAGAUAUGCAACUCACAAAUGAAAAGCAUGCAGAUGAGAAACCCAUUAAUGCUAUCAUUAUAAAUUCAGUAUCUGAAUUCAAUAUCACAGAUGGACCAGCCAAGGAAACCCCCAGUGAGAAAAAACUGUCAGAAUCCAGCACAUCACUGUCCUCCCUUGAAGAAUGCCAAACGAAAUUUUCCUACCUCCAAACUGAUACUUCAGUUCAUCAGAGAGACACUGGUGAGGAGUGUGCCUCCCUUAUCCUCACUUGUCUGUUUUGCCAGUUUUGGGACUGUCUCCUGAUGCUCCCGGAUACGUGUGAAACGGUGUGUACCAACCUGUGCUGCCCCUCUCACAGGUAUCACCACACCUCGGAUGAAAGCCACUCUCGGAACGAUUGCAGUUGCAACUGUGACAUGGACUGCAGCCUGUUUGAGCCUUGCCACGAGACCAGCGAGUGUCUGGAGCUAGCCAUGGAGAUUUCAGAAAUCUGUUACCGCUAG